AUGAAGUUCGGAUCUCAAAAGAAUAGCAGAUGCAGGAAAAUGAAGUUGCUUGGGCUUUGGUGGUAUAAUCUGGCUAUGCUGUAUGAUGACGAUGUGGAUAUCAUGAGUAUUUUACAAGCUCAGAAUGAAGAAAUAGCGAAGAAACGAAGAUUGACAAAACUGAAAGAAAAGGCAAGAAGGAGUCGUCCGAAGAACAAACAUAAGGGGUUGAGGGGAGAUGAAAAAUUGAGCAUGAUGAAAUCGUUGAAGAAAAAUUAUAAUUUGAACAUGUUAGGUUUGCUUGAAACGAAGAGGGAGGUCAUUUCUAAAUAUGAUGUUGCAAGAAUUUGGGAGAAUAGUACGGUAGGUUGGGAGUUUGUGGAAUCUGUUGGGGCGUCCAGAGGACUCCUAUUAAUGUGGGAUGACUUGAUGUUUCAGAGUAGUAAUUGUCAUAAAGGUGAGAGGUGGCUGUGCAUUGAAGGAGUGUUAACAAAAAAUAAUUUUCGUUGUGCUUACUGCUUGGUGUAUGGGGCGCAUGGGAAGGAUGAAAAGAGGGUGGUGUGGGAAGAGUUGAGCUGUCUUGCGGGACUGUGCCAAGUUCCUUUAUUCUUGUUAAGGGACUUCAAUGAGAUUCUGCAAGUUGAGGAUCGAAAAGGGGUAACGAGUUUGCUGGCAUCAGCAGAAGAGUUUAAGAGUUGGGUUCAAGACAUGCAGUUGGUGGAUCUACCUCUCACUGAUAGGAAGUUCACAUGGUUCCGGGGUCGAUCAUGUAGUCGAAUUGAUAGGGUGCUGGUUACUAUUGAGUGGGUUGAGGAGUUUCCUGACAUUCGGUUAAAAGGUGGUCCGAGGGGCUUGUCGGAUCACUGUCCGUUAAUUGUGGAGGAUACAAGGGUACGAGGUGGCCCGCGACCUUUCAGAAGUCUAGAUUCCUGGUUUACCCAUGAGGGUUUUCUGAGGAUGGAAAAAGAUGAAUGGAGGAACUUGGGAGAUGCUCCCUUCACAGGUAAACUGAAGUCCUUGACGGUACAUUUGCGACAAUGGCACAACGAUAACUUUCGUGAUAUGGAUAACAGACUGAUGAGGUUUGAGGAUGAGAUCAAGAAGCUUGAUAUCCAGGUUAGUAAUGGGAUUUAUGAUGGUACGACGGAGGCUAGAAGAAAGGCAUUGGUGAGCUUUUGUGGAAAGUGGUACAUGAGGAAGGAAAUCCACUGGAAGCAGUUGUCUCGGUCCAAACAUGCGAGGGACAUGGACAGGAAUACAAGGUAUUUUCAUAACAUUGCAUCGGCUAGAAGGCGGAAUAACAGGAUUGAUACUCUAAUGAUCCAAGGACGGCUGGUGAGGAAUCCGGCAAGAAUAAAGUAUGCAAUUAGGGGGUUCUACAAGGAGCUAUAUCGCCAGGAGUUUGCUCCGAGGAUUGGUAUUCGAGAUGGGUUGGUAAAGCAGAUUGAGAGAGCUGAGGCUGAGGCCUUGGAGGUUCUGCUGUUGGCGGAAGAAAUCAAGGGAAACAGUAUGGGAUUGUGA